AGGUGAACCGCUGCACAUGGCCUACCGUAUGAUACGACCCAUAGGUCACGGAGCCUUUGGUUCGGUGUACGAAGCAAGGGAUGUGAAAUCCUUGCAGAUGGUGGUGUGUAAGGUGAUUGCAAAAGCAACAGCACCCGAUCACAAUGCCAUCCGCAAUGAAAUUGCCGUUUUAAAGGCGUUGGAUCAUCCGCAUAUCCUGCGUAUUUUUGACCACUUUGAACAUGGAGGUCCACAUGACCCAGCCUUCUACGUCAUUUGUGAAAAUUUAUCCGGCGGCGAUCUGCAACAAGAAGUGAGCCGUUCCCGUCACGUGGCC